GACGAGAUGCUCACCAUCUCCAUCUCCGAGUCCCUCGCCGGAAACCCGGAGGGAUGGUCGGAGUGGAGUGGUGACACGAAGAAGAUGUACCUCUCAGGGCUAGAUGCCCAGUUAGCGGCACCGGGUGGUCCCACCGGCUACGCCCACGCGUGGAGCGAGGACGCCGAGCCGAGACCGUGGAACGAGACCACUUCCAUGAGCUCCCAGUGGCCAAUGCCCCAACUUCCCCAACACCUCCCAGAGGCGAUGCCGGCGCCCUCGCCGAUGCGCGCGAUGCCCGCCUCGUCGUGGGCCUCGCCGCUCCGAGUCCCUCUACCAGAACCCAUCAUCAACAAGUACGACAAACCACUUGCGGGCGACGAGCCCUUGGAGUUGCCCCCACACCUUUCCACGAUGAUCGAGCAGUUUGCCACCGUUGACCCCACCCCAUGGCAAGAAGAAGCCCCCAAGCGCUUUCAGCCGCCCCCCGGGCUAGCAGCCGAGCAAUCACUCGCAGGCCCUAGGGUGGCAAAAUCCGUAGUGCCCGUUGCAACCGAACUAGACUUGCCACCUGGCAUCAAGAUCUUUGGCGUUGACUAUGCCGGCUCCAUGUGCACACGCGUUGAGUGGAGAAUUGACGACCUCAAUGGAAAGCUCCAAGCCAGCAUGGGAAGGCCACUGGUUUCACCUCCCUUCGCAGCUCUUGGCCUACCAAAUCUUCGUCUAAUGGUGUUCCCCGAUGGACGGGAGACCAUGAAGAAUGCCCGGAGCAGUGAGCGCAAAGGCCUCUACACCCAGAUGAUCAAGAAAGGCCCGCUUCACGGCUCACUGAAGCUAAAGGCAGACUGCCUCCAGUGUGCCACCGUGAUGACCGUGAACCUCCUCGUGGGACAG